UUCUAUGUCCAUAACCAUAAUGAACUUACAUAUAAUGUCCAUAUGAAUGACAUUAACUCUUUUAUUUUGACAUUGACAAACUACAAUUGCGUGUUCGGCAACAUUGUCUCCUAGGGCACCAGACCGGGCUUCACUCAGCUCCUGAUAAUAGUCCUAUACAGUGUAGUACAUUUAUGGGACCUAUCAGACGUCUAGGUGCAUGUGAUGAUGACGUCAGCUAUAUGAACCAGAAACAAGCCCACUCUCCCUUGAAUAAUAGCGCUUUAUCAUUUCAUUAAUAACACCUGAUGGGGAUGACAUGUAAAGACCCCGGGCACUAACUGACAGGACUGGAACGAUCAGUCACGCGGUUCAACAUCACUCAGCAAUGGCGGACAAACUGGUAAGUGAUAUCACUCGGGAGUUUCUGGUCUGUCAGAUCUGUUUGGACGACUAUAGACAACCGAAAGUUCUCCCGUGCCUUCACACUUUCUGUCGGCGGUGUCUGGAGCGAAUGGUCGGGAACAAGACGAAGAUCUGUUGCCCGACUUGUCGACAGAUUUCUACAUAUCAGUAUGAGAACGGUAUCGCCGGUUUAAAGGACAACUUUUUCGUUGGCAAACUGCACGACAUGGUCCGCAACGCAACACACCGCGAGGAGGCUCCAGAAAGGCGCUCAGCAUCGAGGGCUGUGUGUAGAAGCUGUGGCGACAUGUCCAGUACAACCAGGUAUCGUGAUAAUUGCGACGACUUCCUGUGUCAGAACUGCGUCGGCUCCGACCUUCGCACGAGGGCGUCACCGCGUCGAAAAAUGUUCUCGUCCACACCGACAGAGAGUAAAGCAGAAGGAACCCAAGAGACGGAACGAACUUCGCAUUCAUUACACGCAGACCCUGAUGUCCUCUAUUGUAAGUCUUGUCAUGACUUCAUAUGUCGAAAAGGCAGCCUCUCCAAACACAGAGCACGUCUGCACUCACAGGUACGGGAGACCGCUGAGAGAGAAACUUCGGAAGUCAGGGCGCUCCUGGUGGAGACAGAGAAGGUUGCUGCACUUCACGAGAAGAGACUACAAGAGCUGAAUACAAGGCGUGAAGUAUGGCAGCAACAAUGUGAAGAAAAUAUUGCGAAGAUAGAAGAGCAAGCCAGGCGGGCUAUACAGACGAUACAGAUGGAAAGAGACGAGAGAAUAAAGCAGCUCAAACGUGUGGAGACCACAAAGAACAGGCAGUUGUUAGAGAACAUCACCGCGGUAGCCGUGAGCGCAGCCCGUGUUCGAGGUAGCUGCACAUACGCGAGGGAAGUUAUAGAAAAGGGCACUCCUGAGGAAGUCUUGGCUGUUGCACAGGAGGUAAAAGAAAGACUGAAACAGUGCUCCAAACUCAGGGCUCCCAGUUUCUCAUGACUAUUUGGAAUAUAUAGUAGGUAGGAUCAAGUGCAAUCGUGGCUGUUGUAUUUGCUAGGUUGCACAUCGGCACACCUUUGAUCAUUUUCAGUAGUUAUCAUAUUACAUUGUGUCAGACUGAAAUGUUGCUUUCCUGUGUAAUCUUAAGACUAACUGCACUCUACAUAAAGGGAAAACAAGAGUUGGUGGGGAAAGCCGCUCGAGCAGCUUUACAUUGACGACUGCUUCUACUGCUUCUAGUAGAGUUUGCUACAAUUUUGUUCGCGACAGUAAGGAAGUACACAAGUAAGCUAUCAUUAGACAAAAUCAAGUUGAUAAAUGGCUUACUUGUGACAUUUUACAGACUAUGGUUAUGUACACAGUGCAUGGCCUCAGGCAGUUUUAUUAACUCCCGUUGAGUGGAUAUGUAAGCAGAAUUAUGAACUGAAUCCUAAACUUUCAGAGUACUUAGAAUAGCCAUGUGCAAUAUGCAUUUAACCUCCUUGCAUUGAUUGAUCUCCUGGAGAGUAUAACAGUGUAUUGACAAUAAUCACAAAAUGGAUCACAAUAGAUACCCUGUAAGAUAUCAUAUUUGUUUUAUUGGGACAAAUGUAAAAUGGCCUGUUGCUACAGGCAACUUACUUUGUUCAGUCAAGGACGUUAUAUUGGUUUAGUGGUACAUUUGUUACAAAAAAGUUAAAGAAAUUCACACCAAACUAAAAUUUUAUGCUGAAAGUUAGAUGCUAUGAAUGUAGUCAAUAUAGAAGACCAUUUCAUACAAAAAAAGUCAUGUAAUGUACUACACUAUUGCAAUAAAAAUAAGCUAUACUUUAUACAAAUAUAAAAAGACCACCACCUGUAUAACACAUUUAACUUUGUCAGUACUUUAGGCCAUGUUGAUUUGUUUAUAUGGAUGAUAUCCGCGCUCGCACCAAUUUUCGGCCGUUUCCACACACAAAAAAAAGUUUUCGACCACACAGUAAAUUGUGCUAAGCAGCUGUAAAAUGAGCACAAAUAUUCUGUAGAUUGAAAAAA